AUGCUUUCCUGGGCCGCCGUGAGCGCGAAGCUGGACUGUAAACUUCCGUCCCCACUCACGGCUACUCGAUCGGUACCUCAGCUGAUUGUGGAGAAGACUGCUGAUCACCCAUUUGCAGAGUUCUCCCUGGUAGAGGAUGUGGCCCUUCACUGUACCUUUUUGAUAGACAGGCUUAACAAGCAACGUCUGUUCCAACUUGUUCUCCUGCACCACCAGACCUCUUUCCAGGCCCAUAAGGGAGUACUAGCUGCCUACAGCCCCUUCUUCCACUCGCUCUUUGCCUGUAGUAAGGAGCUACAAGGCCUGAUGCAAAUCCUGAACUUCAUCUACACUUCCAAACUCCUGGUCACCAGCUGCAAUGCCCAGGACAUGCUCAAGGCUGCCACUGUGUUCUAGAUGAGCAACAUCGCAACUUCCUGUAGCGAACUCAUUGCCAGAGGCUCACUGGGAAUCAGUCCUAGUGUAGACCAAGCCAAACAGGAGACCAGUUCUUAGAACUCAGUGAACUCUAACUUUCUCGUGGACAUCAAGCAAGAGAAAGACCAUACCUGUGCCAAGAUAUAUGUGGGGAAAAGUGAUGGAAGCCCAUACGCUGGUCUGGACAGAGAUGGGCAUCCAGUAAGUGUAAAUGUAAUUGCUUGUAACGUCGAAGGCAAAACCAAAGGAUCAAAGGAAUCUGAAGCUCUUGCUUCAUUUAAUUGAGAGCAAAUUAUUGUCAAGUUGAAUUUGAACAAUCAGACCCUUAAUGUAUCCAAAGGUUUAGAGGGCAGUUCUCCCAACACAGCAGCUCAAUCUCCCUCAGGGCAACAUGUUCCUGGAAAAGUAAGGAUGAAUGAUCAGACUGUUGAGAAAUCUAGAGAUAAUGUGCCCAUAGAGGAGGAAGAGGUGGGUGAGCAAAGUGAAGAUGAUGUGGGGCUUAGUGGGGUGGAAGGCCACACAUUACAUGUAUUCAUGCCUGAAAGACCCUUACGACAAGCCCACGACUCCGUUGAUGCAAUAGCGAUGGCCUCCAAGAGAACCAGUGUGAGGCAAGAGAAGGGUCAUGGUGGGAGAUCUGAGGAGCAGAAUGAUGAGUUGGAAAUACAGAGCUUUCCCUGUGUGAGGUGCCCCAAGAUUUUCAAUAACUGCUGGUAUUUGGAGAAACACGUGAACAAGACACAUAACCGCAUGCACAUCUGUUACAAGUGUGGCAAGCACUUCCCCCUGGAAAGUGAACUACUGCUACAUCAGCAGACAGACUGUGAGAAGAGCAUACAUUGUCUAACCUGUGGAAAAGCCUUCAGGAAGCGCUGGUCCCUCCAUGAGCACAUUAAUGGCUGUGAUGAGAAGAGGUACACUUGUGACAUCUGUGAGAAGAAAUUUUACACAAUGGCUCAUGUAUGCAAACACAUGGUCGCCCACACCAAGGAGAUGCUAUUUACCUGUGAGACAUGUGGCAAGUCCUUUAAAAGGUGCAUGUCACUGAAAGUCCACUCUCUCCAACACUCAGGAGAGAAGCCAUUCCAGUGUAAUGUAUGUGCGUGAGCAUUUUCAGUACAAGUACAGCUGCAUUCUCACUUGAGCAUCCACAUUGGACAUAAGCAGUGUCAGUGAGACAUGUGUCAGUGGUGUGGGAAGGACUUCAAUAUGAAACAAUAUUUUGAUGAACACAUGAAGACACACACAGGAGAGAAACCAUAUAUAUGUGAGAUCUGUGGGAAGAGCUUCACAAGCCGAACCAAUAUGAAGCGUCACUGCCGCACACACACUGGAGAGAAGCCGUACCCCUGUGAAGCGUGUGGCCAGCGAUUUCGCUUCUCCAACAUGUUGAAAGCUCACAGAGAGAAGUGUUCCCAGGUCAGAAACCCCUCCACCUCUGAGGCCAUUCAUCCAUAAUAUGAUCCCUCUGCUUUAACCAAUCAAAUGGAAGCUGCUGCUAACCAAGAACUUGCCAUCGAGAUGAAAACCAGAGAUAUCAGCCCACAUCGGCAUGGCAUAGUCUCUUUUCCAUCACCUGUGCUGCUCUCAGUUGAAGUGGCUCCAUCAGGUUCUCACCUGCAUUCUCUUACACCACUCCUCUCUUCUGUUUGGACAGACUGUUGA